GGGAGCUGCGCCUUUCUGUAUGGGUGGGUGAGGCCCCCGGUCCCUCUCCUCCCCCUCAGUUCUUGCUGUGUCUCGGGCUCUCGGCCCCCGUGCUCUCAGUGUAUCCCCGGGCCGGACUCGCCGCCUAUGCCGGCCCUGCUAGCCCUCUGCCUGCCGCAGGCCGCAGCAUCAUUGCGCAUGAGCGAGAUCGCCGAGAGUCCGUGAGAGCGCCACUCACACUCACCGGGAGGCCGAGCACCAACAUGAACAAGUUGAAAUCCUCGCAGAAAGAUAAAGUUCGCCAGUUUAUGAUCUUCACACAAUCUAGUGAAAAGACUGCAGUAAGUUGCCUGUCCCAGAAUGACUGGAAGCUAGAUGUUGCCACAGAUAACUUUUUCCAAAAUCCCGAACACUAUAUGCGAGAAAGUGUAAAAGGAGCAUUGGACAGAAAAAGAUUAGAACAACUUUAUAACAGAUACAAAGACCCUCAGGAUGAAAAUAAAAUUGGAAUAGAUGGCAUCCAGCAGUUUUGUGAUGAUUUAGCGCUCGACCCGGCCAGUGUCAGUGUGCUAAUUAUUGCAUGGAAAUUCAGAGCAGCCACACAGUGCGAGUUUUCCAAGCAGGAAUUUAUGGAUGGAAUGAUAGAAUUAGGGUGCGACAGCAUAGAAAAAUUAAAAGCACAGCUACCGAAAAUGGAACAAGAAUUAAAAGAGCCAGGAAGGUUUAAGGAUUUUUAUCAGUUUACAUUCAACUUUGCAAAAAAUCCAGGCCAAAAAGGUCUAGACUUAGAGAUGGCCAUUGCCUACUGGAAUUUAGUACUAAAUGGACGAUUCAAAUUCUUAGACAUAUGGAACAAGUUUUUAUUGGAACACCAUAAACGAUCAAUACCUAAGGACACAUGGAACCUUCUACUAGAUUUCAGCACAAUGAUAGCAGAUGAUAUGUCAAACUACGAUGAAGAAGGAGCAUGGCCAGUUCUCAUUGAUGACUUUGUGGAAUUUGCACGUCCUCAAAUUGCAGGGACAAAAAGUACAACAGUGUAGCACUAAGGAACCUUAUAGAAUGUACAUAGCCUGUACAAAUUAACACAACAGAUAUUUACAGUCAGUUUCUUCUGACUGGACUGAUUUUGAAGAUCAACCCUAGCAGCAUCUCCUGAGGGUUGAAAGACAUUUGGAGACAUCUUAUAAGACCGUACUCUAUUUCAUUCUCUUGGUGGUUGGGCCUGUUUACUAGUCCUGGAGCGCAAUUUCCACUUCAUGUUUCCAAAUCAUGGAUUUCAUCACAUAUCUGUGGAACAUCCUAGUUUAUUCUGUCAUCAGUUUUUAGAUUGAUUCUGUGGCUUGUUUACUUGCAUAAAGCAAAUGCCACAUUCAUCUGCUAACUUCAUCAUAGCCUCAGCGAUGCCUCUUUGUUUUCUAGUUCCAGAGACUAUGCAGGUAGCACCUCAUCAGAUAAUGUGCUGUUGUUCUCCCAUAAAAAGACAAAGAAAGCAAUGUUCAUCACCAUCAUCAUCAUCCUCAUAUGUUUUGGAUCUCACUGUACAUGGCGGGCAGUGCUCCGUUGUCGAUACCAAAGCAAGUGUUUUGCUGGCAUUGUAGAGGACAUAAACUAUUGAAGUCUUAUGAUUUAUCCCCCACCAGUGUGGUGAAAGUUUAAACAUCAUGUAUGUUUUGAAUCCUCUGCUGAAGAUGGAAGCAAACUACACCUGUUUCAUGCUGUUGUUAAACAAGUCAGAGACCAGUUGCUGGUCUGUGUUGGAGCCCAUGAGGAUGGUUGCUUUCUAUCUGUAUGUUCAGCAUUUGUUUGUAUGUGACUGUAAACUUGUUCAUUUUAAUGCCGGUACUUUUCCAGGAAGGAUAAAUCUGACAUAUCAGUCUGUGCGUCAUCUUGCUAUUGUCCUCUCAUGACACUUGUAAAACACUUCUUUGUCACCCUGUAUCAACAUGCAGAUGCCCCUUUUUAUUUUACAAAAACCAUGACCUAAUUGAAUAUCUGCAAACAUUGAUGGUGAUUUCCUAUGUAGUAUAAUCCUGCACAUGUAAAGUACAUAUCUGCAUCAAGAUGAACCGGUCGAAGUCAAAAAAUACCAAAUGAAGUUUGCCUAAAAUAUCAAGUAGCAUAACAUGUCCUAUUGUCAACUUGGUAUGAAUUCUGAUUAUUUCUUUUAAUGAUUGCACCCCUCCAUGGUUCUGUACAUCAUGCAGUUCCACCCAGUGGAGUUUUUUUUUUUAAGAGCUGGAGGUAUCAGAAAAAUAAGAUUGGAUCUUGCAUUUUCUUUGUGACAUGCAAAAUAACAUUUAAUUUAUCUAAA